ACCCAAGUGCUUUGCCUGUACCUGCUUUUAGAUACCCUCGACAGGAUGCCGCCCCCACUCAUCCCAUCCCACCAUCCCAGCAACACCAAAGUAUCCACCCACCCGCGCACUUCCAGUACCAUGUCACACGUCCUCUCCCGCAUAUCCAGGCCCCAGUCAUCACAGCAGCACAUUGCACGCCGUCUUGUACUGUCGCACAGAUCACGAUUCCCUACCCUUCUUCGGUGCUCGAGAGUACACAUCAACGCCAGCGCGAUCGUGACAUCACCUACUAAAAGAGCUAUGAGUACUGAAGCAGCCGAGCGCGAAUUGCCCCAACGGCCGCGACGAUUCGCGCCAUUGAAUCCCGCGAAGCGCGCUGGAAGCGAUGAUGGGGGACGUGAACUCAAGGGGAUUGUGUUUGAUGUUGACGGGACGUUGUGUCUUCCACAAACCUACAUGUUCGGCGAAAUGCGCGCAGCGCUAGGAAUCACAAAAGCAACGGAUAUCCUCGACCACAUCUACUCGCUCCCGGAACCCGCGCAAUCUGAAGCGCAGGAGAAAGUCCGUGCCAUCGAGCGAGAAGCCAUGACGAAGCAGCAGCCGCAGGAGGGACUGGUCGAGUUGAUGCAGUAUCUGGAUACGCGCCAGGUUCAGAAAGGGAUUUGCACAAGGAACUUUGACGCACCAGUAUCCCACCUCCUCUCAACAUUCCUCCCCUCCACCUCCUUCGACCCCGUAAUCACGCGCGCCUUCCGCCCUCCCAAACCCUCGCCCGCAGGGAUCCUGCACAUCGCCGCGACAUGGAACCUCGAAGACGGCGGGGACUCGCUGAUCAUGGUCGGCGACUCCAUCGAUGAUAUGCUGGCUGGGCGGAGAGCUGGCGCCGCGACGGUGCUGUUGCUGAAUGAGGUGAAUCGCGAGUUGGAGGGGCACGAGUGUACGGAUUUUGUGGUGGGGAGGUUGGAUGAGUUAGUUGGGGUUUUGGAGGGGGGGUUUGUGGGGCGGUGA